AUGACAGUCCCGCCGUUGUUUGGGUGGGGGACAUCAGCACCCCCAAAUCCCUCAAUGUGCUUUCAUAAUAUGGACACCGGCUAUGUACUGUUCAGUGCGUUUGGUCUGUUCUUUUUACCCACGAUCGUCAUGAGUUGUUUGUAUUUACGCAUUUUUCAAAUAGUUAAACGGAAUUUAAAAGCAAUGAAAACCGGUGUGAAAUCUAUGGGUAGUGGAUCAAAUGACAUAAAUUUACGGAUACACCGAGCCAGGCCUAAACGUAUACAUGAUACGUCUGAAGGCAGAAACAACAAAAGUUUCAUCAGUAAUGCCUCCGAUGAUUCCGGAAGUGACGUCAGUAUUGUAACGGACGUGUCAAACGCAACGGCACACGUUUAUGCCAUUUCAGCAACGAAGAUAAGUGAAACAGAUGUCGAUGUACCCGUGUCUGCUGAUUACUGUGAUAUUGCAAGGAAUAAAAAUGAAGCAGUGUCUUCAAUGAGGAAAAGAAUUGCUUGUUUUAAACAGGAGAACAAAGCGGCGAUUACGCUCGGCCGCGUCGUUGGAGCUUUCGUUGUUUGUUGGCUUCCAUUCUUCGUGUAUCUCCCAUUAGACGCCGCCACCGACGUAGAAUUCCCUGGUAUCGUAGUGAAGGUGACGUUCUGGCUGGGUUACGUCAACUCGGCGAUCAACCCAUUCAUAUACGCUUACUCUAGCCCGGAGUUCCGGAAAGCGUUUGCGAGAAUUCUGAAAUGUCGACGGAAGAUGUAUUAUUGA